AUGUUCAACUCUACCACUUCUGCAGAACAACAACUUCCGCCAGACACAUUGACGUGGUUUCUCGACGAUCCAUUCAGGACAUGGGACACAACGAUACUCUUCAUUGUCCUAUUCGUCACCUUGUGCGGCUGUACCAUCCUCCUCGGUGCUCGAUAUGCGGAGAUAUUCAGAUUCGAUGAAAAUUAUGCCGACGAGCUUCCAUUGACUCUCGAAGCGCGACAGGCUAGUGGCCAAUGGCAUGAUGGAGGAGAUGGAGGAGAUGGAGGAGAUGUGGAAUGUUUGACCAGCGGAAACCUCUUAUUCCAGGCGACAAACUCGCAAGAUGACCACCGGUUUGACCUUAGACGACGCCCAGGAACCGCCAAUCUUCAGCCUAACUACGUUGCGAUCGGAAAAGUUCGAGAAGGGAAGAUCGCGCAGAGACGGGCGUCAUUGUUGGAAGCCUCUGGUCGAACCAAACAUGCACAUGGCCACUUGACAUUGAAAACCCUACCCGGUUCCGGGAACUAG